CAUGCAGCAGGGUUCGUUACCUUGGGUAGCGCCGAGUGCCCGGUUUGCUAACGCCUUAGAACCUCCCAAGUGCUCGGGACGUUUACCCAACCUUGAUCGCUUUCACUUUCUAUCCCUGAAUAGUUACCCGUCCGCAGCAUGAUCGGCUGAGUAGGUCUAGUAUAUCGCAUACGGCCCAGGGACCAUCCCGCCAAGAUGUAACAGAUCGCUUCACCGUUCCAGCGAAAUCCUUACCCAUGCAGCCAGCAAGACCCACGCCGAGGGCACCAGGGAGCUUCUCGCCCCUGUCAGCUGCCAAUUCAGCAAGCGCGACCGACCUUUCAAGAUCGAGACCGAGCCGGCAGGAUUCGUUGUCGAGCGACGAGCCAGCGCCAUUGAAUGUUGUGAAGACACGCGGCCAACAGGGACAGGCGCCAUCCCCAACGCCCAUCUACUCCAGCUUUAUGUCGGGAAAUAACAACAGCACGACCAGCCUUCAGAACUUCUCGCGACCCACGCUGUCCACCGUUGUUACCCCCGCCCGGUCCGUCGCUGGCGCACAUUCGCCCAGCGACGGUCUUCCGCGCAACGCGCCGUCCCCGCUGACGCUCCCGCCGGCUACCUCGUCCCCCGUCACGCCAACCUUCGGGGGACGGUUCACCCAUAACCGCAAGCACUCGCAAAACGCGGGCCUGUUCGAACCUACCCUGCCGUCGACAGGCACCUCAAACCUGUCCCAAGUCGGCCUGACGCAGCCCUCCCCGAGGGCCACUCCGGCACCGCACAGAGAGAUGUCCGCGAGCCAGAUCGCUGCACAGGCGGCGGUGAUGCAGCAUCAGAACCAGCAGCAACAGGCGCAACAAGCACAGCAACAGCAAGCUCGGCAUCGAUCGCAAACGGUGCCGCCUCACGGGCAAGAUGAGCAAGGGCAGACAACUAGACGUGGAAGUGGGCCGAUGAACCCCCCGAUGUUGAGCCUUACCGAAGCGAGCGUUCCCCGAGAUAGUGCGCUUGGGGCGCAGACGUAUCACAAUGGGCUUCCUGGCAACCACACUCUUGCAGCGACGGCCGCCGCCAAUAUGGUCUUUCCGCGGUCGGGUCAGACGUCUCCCGCAUUGCCCGCGCAGUCAAUGCCCCCGCCUCCACCCCCAGCCUCCGAGAAGCCGCUGAAGCAGGAAAAGUCAAAGGUGAAGCUCUUCGCUCGCCAAGUGAAGAUCGGUGGUAAAAGCGACACGAAGGACAAACCGUUGCCCAGUCCUGGAAAGGUCUCGAACCCGUUUGCCAACCUACAACGGGCCAACUUCAGCACAACCAGUCUCGACUCGAUGUCUCAGUCGUUUUACAGUCUGCCCAACACUUCCGCUGCAACAAUUCGACCGACGGACCUACAGCCCGAGAAGGAAAGCAAAGAGAAGGAGAAGAAACACCACUUCUUGUCACGCCAGAAGCAGAAGCUUAAGGAUGACUACCACCUGCCCCUCUCGUCUGCGAUGAGCAACUCCAGGCCGACGGAUCCCAGUGCACCCAGCAGUUUGUAUAGCUUCAACGUGCCGCAGAGUCCCGGCACGCACAGCACCAGCUUCAAGUCAGCCUUGGAUCUGCGUCAUGGCGGGCGGGUAUUCCGGGAGAAGAGGAAAGAGGAGAAGUCGCUUGAUGACGCCUCGAGUUCGGCCAUCGGGAGUGAGUGGCCUGGUGCGAGCACCGCUCCUUCGGGUUCCGCCACGGCCGCUUCCACGCUUUACCUCAACGAGCCGUUCGACAGCCACAAAUAUGGCUUGAACAACAUGACACAUGAUGAUGCAUGGCCAUUCCUGAAGGCCAAGCUACUUGUCGUAUUCGAGGCCGAAGAUCUCAGGCUUCCCGUCGAGGACCUGAACCGCGUGGUCACGAUGCACAUCCAGUAUUGCAUGGCUCGCCGCAGUCCAAACAUCAUCGUGGAUGACCUGAGGGAGCUAUUGACUACCGGUUUCUCCAGCCUUGACCACACCCUGCGCAAGACUCCGGAGGACAGAUUGAUCCCUUCGCUAGUCGAGCUAUGGAUUUUCACCUUCACGGGCAUCCUACCAUACAUGCAGGCCGUGUUCCUGCCGCUAGACCAGGAGUUCUCGGGUCACGGGCCCCUGAUGUCGCCCGAGCAAGCACGCGAUUUCUGGGGCGGCAUUCCUUCGUCUACCCCAUCAGUUGCCCCGUCAGCUGCCGCCAAAGCCGAUUCCUCCGCUACUCAGAAAGCGGGCCGCAGCCAAAGCGUCAGCGUAUCUCCAGCCUCGUCAGUGCUCGAGGUACGCCGGUUCGUGCUCCUCGCUUUUCGUGACAUUGUCAUCCUCCCCCGCUACGACCUGCUCAAAGGGAUGUUCUCUCGCCUCUCCCUCGAGUUUCUGCCGCAGUCUCUCGCGUCCAUGGCCCUCGCCUCCCCGCCGCUCCCCAUCCCAUCGCCAGGCUACCACAACCAGGCCCAGAGCCUCAACCAACAACUGUCUGCCUCCCCUUCCGACUUCCACGCUUCCACAAGCCUCCCCAGUGCGCUCGGCUACCGGCCAGGCACCGCCGCCUCCGUCGACCCGUCCGUGGCGAGCUACAACAGCACCGGAAGCACCCUGCUCGGGGACAGCUCAGGAAGCGGCAACCGCAGCCGCGCCAUCAGCAACGUCAGUUUCGGCAGUGACAGCGCCGCACACCCGAUGCGGCCCUUUACUCCGAGCAGCUUACACGCUCUCGGCGGCGCCGCCCCAACUAGCAACACUACCAUGAAUUACGGCGGCGACGGCGGCAGCCUCCGCGAUCAGAACGUCGAGGACUCGAAGCAGGUCACUGAAAUGGUCGGUCGCAUGCUCCAGUGCAUGAGUGUGCUGGCAUCGGUGGGGGUGGCGCUUACCGCGGGGGGCCGGGAUGAAGAGGAUGGCAACAAGAAGGUAGAGGAGCUGAAUAAGCUGCUCAAGCUCAACUGGCUGGGGCGGGGCCGGACGGGUCGGAAUAGAAGGGGCAUGGUUGGGGGCCGGGUGAAGCGCGGAGGGGUGACUGGGACUGGAACCGGGAUCGGUGCGCCGCCACAGCAACAGCAAUCUACGGUUGGUUUAGGAUUGUCUACAAGUGCUGGGUAGUGCGUACGCGUGUGGCUAUAGGCUGAUGGGGCUCUGGACUGGACGGUAUGAGAAGAAGGUGUUGCGGGUUCAUACUUCAGCGGGGCAGACGAGGCUUUGGAAAUGUCGGAUUAGGCAACUACGGUACCUUACAUACCACACACAGGCGUUUGCGGACUUGAGGUCUGGAGUAGGGGUCAGGUAGGCGAUCAAAGGGUAGGCAAGGAGACUUGGGCUGGGGGUAAGGAAAGGCUACAGAUAUCUCUCAGGUACGUGGUUAUGGAAUGUCAAGACGUCCUGAAGUGGUCGCAGGGGUCUGACGGUGGUCUUGUGCUUAUGUAAGGGUCCAAAGCCAUUAAAGGUAAGGUAGGUCAGGUACCUUACCUGCAUGUAGAAAAUCUACACGUACCUCCUUAUAUAGGACACUCGACUCUGACUGUACCUUCCUUUGCUACGUAUUGUGUAACUUUAAUUUAUGGGAGGCGCAU